CGCGUAUUUUGGCACGAGAUUAUAUGUUUUACACGGGUGCUUGAUAGAUACACAAAACGGGCGGCGAAGAUAGCUGCUUGAUAGAAGAGGACGGCCACCACCGCGCGCCGCCGUAGAGCGUUGCAAUAGGUUCUGUUAUGGAUGUCAUUCAGACAUACAGUGCAACUAAAGAUGUUGAUAGUUUGCAUGAAAAGGAGAAUGUACUGGUUCAGAUAAAGGUGUUGUUCUUUGCACGAGCAAGAGAUUUAACUGGCUUGACUGAAAUGUCACUGGACGUGUUACAGGGAAGUACUACACAUGAUUGCUUGAACAAGCUAAUUGCAAAGUUUCCGCAAUUGGAUGAGAUCCGUGGCUGCAUGGUACUGGCCCUGAAUGAAGAAUACACGACUGAGUCUGCCACUGUUAAAGACAAAGAUGAAUUGGCUGUUAUACCACCGAUAAGUGGAGGCUAAGUUUGUUGUUGUGUUGACCCUUGAAACUUGAGAAUGUAAGACUGAGUUCGUGCAAAUUAUAUACCCAUAGAGGUCUCAAUACCGGGUUAGGAAUAUGGUUAGCUUAUUACUAUAUUUUAUUUUGGGUUAUAUAAUAAUAUCCUACUGAAUGUUGUAUGAAGAUGCUACAUAUUAAUUCUGACAACUUCAAAGUGGAA